CUCAAACAAAAUGGCUGAGUCGGCGAAGAUGAGGAACGCGAAAGUUAUACGUGAAAAACUGAGCUAUUGGGAACAUAAAGGAGACCCCAAAGCACCGUUGUCGGACAUACAAAAAGAUAGUUUUAUGGAAUUGGCAACUAUUGCUUCUAGUAGGCCACUACCAGUAGAGAUACCAAUUGAUGAAAUAGGAAGCUUUACUCAACACAUACCCAUCGCAUCAUCUGACUUCUCCAAUGUUGGCAAGGAUGUUAUCAGUGAAGGAUUUGCUUCUCUGGAUAUGGAAAAUGAGAAAAUCGAAAAUGCACAACAGUUUUUUGCUUGGUUCAACAAAGUGGAACAACAAAUGGACAUGGAUGAAGAAAUCUCAUACAAGGCCCAUUGUGACCAGCUGUCACAGUAUAAGGAGCAGUGUGAAGAUGUCCUGCAGGAGGUGUCGAGGGCGCUCUUCCACCUUGAGGAACUACAGAAGCAGCAUGUGUUUGUAUCUACAAAGACCAACGCACUUCAUGAGGCCUGUGAAGAAUCUCUCAGAGAACAAACAAGCUUAGUCAAUAAAGCAGAGACAAUAAGUAGUAAACUGUCAUACUUCAAUGAAUUGGAACGAAUUAACACAAAACUUAGUUCACCAACUUUUUCUGUGUCGGGAGAUUCACUUGUACCAGUACUAUCCAAGUUGGAUGAAUGUAUCACUUAUAUAUCUUCAAAUCCACAUUUCAAGGAAUCACAACUUUACCAAACCAAGUUCAAAUCGUGUCUAUCAAAGGCGUGUCAACUGAUGAGGACAAGCGUUUAUAACACUUUACAACAUGCCACCCAACAAGUACUCAGCAGAAAGGAUGCCGAUAACCAAUCAGAGAAUGCAUUUACGCUGUUUUAUGGGAACUUUCGAACAAGUGCUCCAAAAGUGAAAGCUAUUAUGGAACAAGUUGAACUAAGGGUGAAUCGAGGGUCUGAAUACCAAACCUUACUGGACAACUGUUAUUCUUAUUACUUUGCUCAGCGACAGACAUUGCUGGCGCCUAGUGUGGCAGUGGCUGUUACUGAACUGGCAUCUAAGCAUGUGCGAGAUCACUGUGCACUUGUUCGGAGUGGUUGUGCUUUUAUGAUCCAUGUAUGUGAAGAUGAAUAUCAGCUGUUCUUUCAUUUUUUUUCUAAGCCCACAAAAAGGCUUGAUUUAUUACUGGAGAGUCUUUGUAGUAGCCUGUAUGAUGUCCUACGACCUCUGAUUAUCCACAUCAACCAUCUGGAGACCCUUGCAGAGCUCUGUAGCAUCCUUAAGAUAGAGAUGCUACAAGAUCAUGUCCAGAAUAGUCCUAAAGAACUAAAGUCAUUUGAAACAAUUGCCUGCCAGAUGCUGGAGGAUGUCCAAGAAAGACUGGUCUUCCGGUCUCACAUCUACAUUCAGUCCGAUAUUUUAAACUAUAAACCUGCCCCAGGGGACUUAGCGUAUCCUGAAAAACUGGAAAUGAUGGAGAGCAUAGCUGAGAGUUUGAAGAAGGAUUCUCUGUCACGCCAGAGUUCAGUUGGAUCAUUGACAAGUCAGGAGGUGGCUGUUAUCACAGACACAUCCUCUGCCAUUCAAGGUGAUAAUGCUGUAAAUGGCACAGAAGUAAAACCACUGCUGCCAGUGAUAAACACAGCUCCAACACAGGUGAACUCUUCACUCUCACCUGCCGAUCUCCAUGGCAUGUGGUACCCAACUGUGAGGAGAACGCUCGUCUGCCUCUCAAAACUCUACAGGUGCAUUGAUAAAGCAAUAUUUCAAGGCUUGUCUCAAGAAGGACUUCAUGCUUGUAUCAUGUCUCUCAUUGUGGCUCAGCAAGGUAUAACAAAAAGAAAGGCUGCCCUUGACGGACAACUAUUUUUAGUGAAACACUUGUUGAUACUUCGUGAGCAGAUUGCACCGUUUCAUGUUGAUUUCUCAAUCAAGGAAACAGCCCUUGAUUUCAGUAAGAUGCGAGAUGCUGCCUAUGGCCUAUUGCGUCAACGAUCGAGAUUAUUUUCUGUAAAUAGUAACAAUGCAUUCCUUGAGUUUUUGUUUGAGGGAACACCUCAAGUAUUGGAACACUACAUAGACUCCAAGAAAGAUGUUGACAACCAGCUGAAGAAAACCUGUGAACAUCUAAUUAAGAAUGUCACUAAUAGCUUUAUAUCAGACCUCAACUCUUUCCUCACCAAGGCAAAUGUUGUUUUGAAUCUAAAUAAGGAAGAAGGAACAAGAAUCAACCUUAAACAACAACCUUUUGCAAGCCCAGAAAAAGUAAAUGAAGUGGUAAAUGUGACAUACAAACAAAUUAAAAGCAAGUUGCCAAGCAUAUUAGAUAAGCAAAACAUAUUCAUACAGUUAGUAAAUAUAAUGAAAUUUCUCUUUUUGACUAUAGUAUGCUUUUUACAGGGUAAUGUCCAGUUAGCAUUUCAACAACUAGAGGCAAUCGCUAAAGAGCAAUAUAGUGAAGAAGAGCAGCAGAUUAUUGCAUGCCCAUCUGUUGAACAGGUUAAUCUUCUUUUGAGUGCAACGACCUAAAGUGGAAUGAGGAAGGAUUACAGUUUGACCACACUUGCCAUGAAUGAGUAGACGAGUAAAAAAUGGAUAUAAGACUGUUAUAAGCACACAAAGUAAUGUCCUUACAUUAUAUUUAUCAUUAUGUAAAAUUCUGUAUCUGGGGCAGAUCUUUUGCUUCAGUACUAGACAAAGCCUUGAUAUUUUGUUUUUUCUCUUAACCCCUAACCUUGAGUGGGUUUUAAGAUUGUUAAGAAAAUUCUCUAUGAGGGUUUAGAAAUACAAAAACACAGAGCAACUUGGAUUUAAUAUCUGCACUUCUGAUGAAACAGUGGCUGAACAUCUUUGGUUUUUGGAUGCAACCCCAUGUUAAAAAAAUAAUCAGGAUGGCCUGCGCUCAAAUAUGUUGAAUACUAGAAAAGGUCUCCCAACCAAAACAAACGGUAUUAAGAAUGGAAAACGAAGACAGUACACAUAGUGUGAAAGGAUUUGGGACUCCCUCAACUUCCAAGAAGACUGGUUUGACAACUAUGUGUAAGUUGCACAUGUUUUUUUUCACUGGAAUUCUAACCAAAAUUCUGUAAAAUAAAUUUAAUACUGAAUGACAUAAGUAGCCACAUUUAUAUAGCACCACUUAAAGCUAAAAAAUAA